AUGUCGAUUUAAAUUUACUUUAAAGUGAGAUGUGAAACUUAAUUUAAACAACAAGUAUAUAUUGUUGGUGAUAAAUAAAUAAUGGGAGCUUGGAAUCCAUUAGAGGGGAUUAGGCUUGAUACAAAUAGUGAUAUUUACCCACUGUGGAUAGGAACUCUAAUAGCAGAUUUAGAACCAAGUAAGUGACCUUAAUAAUCAAAGAUUAGCUGAUCAAAUUUAAAGCAGUGAUUGUAGAAUCUGAAAAAAUAAUAUGGGAAACUAUUGAAAAUAGAGUAGUAUAAGUGUUGUACUAAUAUUAAACAGUAUUAUUUACAUUCGACUCAAGUCCUUUAAAAAUGUUAAAAAUUAAAUCCUUUUUUGAUUGUGAUCAAGAUUCUGACGUAGAAACUUCCAAUUUUAGUAUCGAUUGUUCACUAUAGUAUUAGGUUGCGCUAGAAGAAGAUAAUUAAAGAAUGUUGUUAGCCCUUUAGAAUUUGAUUAUUUGAGCUCAGUAUUUAUUUAAAAGACUUUUUAUAAGGAUUCAGAAUCAGACAACAGCAAUAUUUCAUCAAUCUUUGUUGAGAAUAUAGAAGCAUUAAAUAAUUUCAACAAGGAGGAAUUCCUUGAGUAUAAGCCUUUUGAAAGACUUCUAAAUAAUUUAAAUGAAUGA